AUGCACCAAAAGGCAGCUCAUAAUCAACAACAAAAUUUUAUAAGAAAGUCUGAGACCAUAUCGUCAAUAAACACUCAAGUAAGUUAAAAAAAAUAAUAAGAAACAAUUAAAGAUAUUUUUCAGUAUAUUUUAGAUCAAAAAACGGAAUAUAACAAAUAGAAACAAUUUGAGAAUUAUAUUGUUACAUUGAUUUCAUAGCUAAUGAAUUACAAUAAUAAUGAAGGCUGGAAUAAAAUGUAUGGAGAGAUUCAUUAGAUGAUACUAGAUGAAAUUAUAGAAAAAAAUGUAGAUGAUAAAAAAAAUGAAAAUAUAAAAGUUAAAUAAUAUAGUUUCAGUUUAAUUAAACGAAUUAUGCAAAAAAUUGAGGUUAAGAUUACAGAAUUUAAUUUGCAAUUUUCUGAUUUUGGCGUAAUUUUAACUAACAUAGGAGAUAGGUGCCUAUACUAUUUUGCAAUGUUAACAAUCUGGAGAAUACUAUGUUUUGGUUAAUAUCAGUCAAUAGAAAGUAAUAUCAAAGAAUUAAAAGAUUAGACUGAAGAGUAGUAUCGUAAAUUUAAGGCUCAUAUUUAAGAAAAUAAGAAAGAACAAAGCAAAAUUCAAGGGUAAACCUGA